AUGUCUCGAAUUCAUAUAUUGUCAGAUAUAGGUGAAGGUAAUAAACUUGGAGACUUACCAUCUAAUCGAUAUCCACCCAGCCAAACGGAACUUGAAAACCUGCUUAAUCAAGUAAAUUAUGAUCGAGAAAUUGCUAUAGAAUAUAAAGAGAAACUCACUAAGCAUACCUAUCAGCUUAUAGAUGAAGUAAAACGAUUGCGUUCAGAGUUAGAUACUCUAACAUCUCAGAUUACUCGCAAAGAUAUUUCUCUUAAAGAAUCUAAGAUUAAGAUAAAAGAUCUCCUGUCUAAGAUAAAAAUAUUGGAAAUGAAACUAUCUUCAACUCAGAAUAAAUCAAAGGAAAUUACAGCACUUCGGUCUAUGAAAAAAAUACUAGAAAAUAAGUUAGAAUCAGCUCAAAAGGAUGCAUUCUCAACUCAGGAAGAGAUAGUAAAAAAAGAAUCUGAGAUCAUAUUUCUUAAGUCUAAAUUAAUCAAUAUAAAGAAUGAACUAAUGAAUACAAAGGAUGAAUUAGCUUUAAAAAUUAAUGAAAUUGAGUGUUUAGGUGCUUUAUGUUCUGCUUCGCAGAAAACAAAGAAUAUAUUGGAUCCUGUAAUUAGGGGAGGUACAGAAAAAAAUACGCAGAGUGAGGAACAAAGUUUCAUAUCGAAUUCUGGAGACACAUCAGAGGAAUCAGAGAUUCGAGGCUAUGCCUUAUCUAAAAGUUUUGCAAAAUAUUUUAAAAGUAAAAAUGAGCUAGUAAUAAAAGAAAAUGAAACAUUACCAAUUAUCACAAAUAAGCAGAAUCCAGAGUCAUUGAUUCAAGAUAUUACAAUAGAAGGAGCAGUAUGCGCUAGUGAGGCUUUAGUUAAUGAUAAUAAUAUUUUUCAUCAAACCCCACCUUCUUGUUCUUUAAACUCGAAGCCAGAUUAUACUCAUUAUAUGACUGCCUCUGGCAAUUUGUUUUCUAAAAUAUAUAAACCAACUAUGAAUGAACAAAUUAUGGAUUUCCAAUCCAUUAUACAAAAAAACCGAAAAAAAGAACUUCCAUCUAUGAAACUAUUUCUUAUGGAUAUAGACGAAGCUAAUAAACAUGUUGCAUCUCGUUGUCAAUCUCAUCCAGCUAGUCCAACAUGGCCCUUUAGAAUGAUAGUUACAGGAAAAAGUGGAUCAGGUAAGACUAAUAUCUUAACAAAUCUUUUUCUCGAUGAUAAAGCUGAAUACAUAUAUAAAGAAAAAAAAGGUGGUAGGAGAUAUAUUUCUUGUGAUAAUUUAAUAGUUUGUGGUUAUCAUCCUGAUGAGCCAAAAUGGGCAUUUGUUAGAUAUAUGUAUAGCAUAAUUUCAAAAGACCCGAAAGCACCUUACUAUGAAAAUAUACGAUUUAGCUAUAUAUCAUCAGAAACAAUCCCUAGUAUAAAAGCAUUUUCAUCUGAAUGA